CCCUUCGGCUUCGCUCCCCGCUUCCUUCUCCCGGUGACAGCUCCGUGCCUUUCGUCGCCGGCGAAGCCUCGCUCACCACCCACUCGCCUCCCCUUCGCCCUCAGUAAGAUCAUAAAGAAAUGGCUGAUGGUGAGGAAAUCCAGCCUCUUGUCUGUGAUAAUGGUACUGGAAUGGUCAAGGCUGGAUUUGCUGGAGAUGAUGCCCCUAGGGCUGUGUUCCCCAGCAUUGUAGGCCGACCUCGCCACACUGGUGUUAUGGUUGGGAUGGGCCAGAAAGAUGCCUACGUUGGGGAUGAAGCUCAGUCUAAGAGAGGUAUCCUCACUUUGAAGUAUCCUAUCGAGCAUGGCAUUGUUAGCAACUGGGAUGACAUGGAGAAGAUUUGGCAUCACACUUUCUACAACGAGCUCCGUGUCGCCCCCGAGGAGCACCCGGUAUUGCUCACAGAAGCUCCUCUUAACCCCAAGGCCAACAGAGAGAAGAUGACACAGAUCAUGUUUGAAACCUUCAAUGUGCCUGCCAUGUAUGUUGCAAUUCAAGCUGUUCUUUCUCUGUAUGCUAGCGGUCGUACAACUGGCAUUGUGCUGGAUUCCGGUGAUGGUGUGAGCCACACCGUGCCAAUUUACGAAGGAUAUGCUCUUCCCCAUGCCAUUCUUCGUCUGGAUCUUGCUGGUCGUGACUUGACCGAUGCUUUGAUGAAGAUCCUUACCGAGAGAGGCUACUCUUUCACGACCACUGCUGAACGAGAAAUUGUGAGGGACAUCAAGGAGAAGCUUGCGUACAUUGCCUUGGAUUACGAGCAGGAGCUAGAGACUGCCAAGAGCAGCUCUACCGUGGAAAAGAGCUAUGAGCUUCCUGAUGGGCAGGUGAUCACGAUCGGUGCCGAGAGAUUCAGGUGCCCAGAAGUCCUCUUCCAGCCAUCCAUGAUUGGCAUGGAGGCUGCUGGCAUCCAUGAGACCACUUACAAUUCCAUUAUGAAGUGUGAUGUGGAUAUUAGGAAGGACUUGUAUGGCAACAUUGUUCUCAGUGGUGGCUCCACGAUGUUCCCUGGGAUUGCUGACCGUAUGAGCAAGGAAAUCACAGCCCUUGCACCAAGUAGCAUGAAGAUUAAGGUGGUAGCUCCACCAGAGAGGAAGUACAGCGUAUGGAUAGGAGGCUCAAUUCUUGCCUCACUUAGCACCUUCCAACAGAUGUGGAUUUCCAAGCAAGAGUACGAAGAAUCUGGUCCUUCUAUUGUUCACAGGAAGUGCUUCUGAGGUCUGUGGUUCUCAGUGUCCUUUCGACUUUUUUGGCCGAGGUAGUUAUUUGGAGUCAGUUUGGUAAUGUUUCCGUGUUGUUGUGGUGGCUUUGUUAUGUUAUAUUGGAUUUUCUUGUGGCUUGUUCUUGAGAUGCAUAAUUGUAUUUGAUGGCUGUUGUUAG